AGGCGCUGCAGAGAUGGAGGGUGCUGCAGAGACUCAGAGCCUGGUGAAGAUCAAGGAGUUGAUGCCGUUCAUGGAGGCAGAGCCCCUCGCCUUGGGAGUGGAGGAGGUUUUUGACAUCCUGCCACUGUAUGGUGUGCUGCAGCCGGGCGAGAGCCAGCGGGUCACGUUCACCUUCUUUGGCCACACAAACAUCGUCGCCAGCGUCACAGCGCUGUGCAAGGUGGAGGGAGGCCCGACCUACGAGAUCGCGCUGAGUGCGGAGGCUUCGCUCAUCGACUACCUCCUAGACACCACGGAGAUCGACUGCGGGCUGAAGCUGUUUAACAAAGUCACCAAAGCAGAGGUCACCCUGCAGAACAGCGGCAAGGUGGGAUUCACCUAUGCGGUGCUCAGCCCCAGCGCGGCCACUGCCGACAGCCCUCUGCCCGGCGUGCCCCUGGUCGUGCCCAGCACGGGUUACAUUGGACCUGGCAAGGAGCAAGUGCUGAAAGUCUACUACCUGCCAGGAGUGCCGGGAGUCUUUUGCAGGACUUUCCAGGUCCAAGUGGGUCACCUGGAGCCGAAAGAGAUCUCCCUCAAAGGAGAGGGGGUCUUUCCCCGGACCUACUUGGACCUGCCCAGGAACACCAAAGGAAACAAACAGUAUGAGAAGAUCCUCAGAGGCAAGAGCAAAGAUGGACUAAGACAGCCAGAGGGAUGAAGCAGUGGUUCUG